AUGUCAUUCAAAUAUGAAGGAAUCUCUAAUUUUGAAAAUAAUCUUUAUAAAAAUGUUGUUAGUAAUAGAAAUAUUAUUAAUAAUAAAAAUGUUACUAAUAAUGAAGAUAGUAAUUAUACUGAAAAUGAAAAGGAUAAUACAACAGAAUUUUUGCCUAUUAUAUUUUAUUUUACUUUUUAUGAAG